GCCACUGUGUGCGUGUGCGUGCGUGUGUCGCAUGCGUAAGCAAAGGUGACGUAUAAACAAUUGCAGGCGGGGGUUAAAGGUUCGCCGCCGUGAAGAGUCCACAUACGCGACGCCUGGUUUGGGUUGGCCAGGGCCACCCCCAGAAAGCGAAAGUUCGGUUGCACAUCGCUUCCGUUGUUUUUUAGCGGCCCCCCGAAACAAAAAUGGGACCGGGGCAGCUCCUGCUGCUUGCGACCGUCCUGCUCGUCGCCGUCCCGGCGACCGUGGCCCACGGCUGGGGCUCGGAGGACAUGGAGCUGUUCGAUCUGGUCGAGGAGGUGAACGAAAAUUUCUACACGCUGCUAAACAUCAACCAGACCGCGACGCUGGCCGAGAUCAAGCGCGCGUUCCGCACGCUGUCGGUCGUGCUGCACCCGGACAAGAGCGAUGCGGAGGACGCGAACAUACGCUUCCGCAAUCUCGUGUCCGUGUACGAGGUGCUCAAGGAUCCGGGCCGGCGGGAAAAGUACGACAAGGUGCUGAAAGAGGGCAUGCCGAACUGGAAGUCGGCGCUGUACUACUACCGGCACGUCCGGAAGAUGGGCAUGGCCGAGAGUGCCGCCAUCCUGUUCGUGGUGAUCACGGUGAUGCAGUACUUUGUCGCGUGGGCAGCCUACUUCGAGAAGAAGUAUACGGCGGAACAAAUCGUGGGUAGCAAGCUGAAGAAGCUGAACAAGAAAAAGCAAACGAACGUGCAACUGGAGGAGCUGAUCAACGAAAUUCCCCUGCCGAGCAUGAAAAACACGCUCCCGUGCCAGAUACCGGUGUGGCUGUGGUGCACGGUGACGGGGACGCCCGGCGCCAUUCGGCACCUGUUCGCGCUGUACUCGGAGCAGAAGAAGCAGCGGGAAGAGGAGCUGCAACGCGAGAAGGAAGAGAUCGAGCUGCAGGCAUCGCUCGAGGAGCAGCGGGCAAAGGACAAGGAGAACCGCAUCCUGCGCAAGCGCUCCAAGAAGAUGGUGGUGCCGGAAAAGACGGACGAAGAGCUGGCCGCGUACAGCCAGCGCAUCAACAAGCCGGGCCAGCCGGCGGAAGGGGCAAGCAGCGGCACCGCCGCGCCCCUGCCCCAGUCGGGCGGGCUGUGGACGGAGGACGAUCUGGUCGAGCUGGUGCGGCUGGUCAAGAAGUACCCGGGCGGUACGAGCAACCGGUGGGAGCUGAUCGCCGAGCUGAUGCAGCGCAGCGUCGAGGAGAUCACGUACAUGGCGGCCAAGAUGAAGGAGUGCGGCUACCGGUUGCCCCACCAGUCGGAGGGUGCGCGGGGGGACGAGAGCGGAGGCGCACCGGUCGCCGCCAAGGUGAAGACGAAAACGCGCGAUACCGCUGGCGGCGGCGGCGGCGAGCCGGCAGCGAGCGGCAGCACCUGGACGCAGCAGCAGCAGCAGGCGCUCGAGGUCGCCAUCCAGAAGUACCCGAAGUCGGCCAACUACGACCGCUGGCAGAAGAUCGCGAACAGCGUGCCGGGCAAGUCGAAGGAGGAGUGCGUCGCCCGCUACAAGUAUCUGGUCGAGCUGGUGAAGAAGCAGAAGAGUGCGGCGGCCGCGGAUGAGCCGGCGGCGGAUGGCGCUGCACCGCCCAAGCAGGACCCGCCCAAGCAGCAGGAUGGCGGUGGCGAUGAUGAUAAUGACGAUGACGGUGCAGCUCCACCACCACCACCACCGGCACCGACCGGUGGCAAGAGCCAGGCAAAGAGCAAGCGGCGGGAGCGCAAGAAAGCGAAAGCAUACUACAGCUACUCGGACGAUUCGGACAUGUCGGACGAGCCGGAGGAGAUAUGAACGUGCUGCCGCGUACGCGUGUGCGAUACUUGGGACGACGUGCGGCGGGAAAAGCAGGCACAAAGAGCACGCACCCCAUGGAGAACUGACGACGAUUCGUAUUUUUUUUUUUUCUGUUCUUCCUUCUACUUUUUUUUAAUUGCUCCCCUCGUUGCCCUCGCUGUGUGAAUAUCUGUUCAAGAUUGUUAUUGUUUGGGGAGGGGGAGGAGGGGAGACGGGAGGUAAAGACAGCCGUUAGAAUAAAAGAAAGCAUCGCUCAAGCGUGUGCUUGAA